CCCGUAGCUGGCUGAUAUGUGCUUGCUCGGUUGGCGGCUCCGCAUCAUGGUAGGAUUAACCGGAGACCCGAGCGUUGACCAGUGUCGGCCGUCCGGCAGCGCCGCCGAGCUCAGUCAGCUGCCGCUCUUCGACACGCUGGACGUGGGCAGCUGCUACGACCCGCUGCGCGGCCGGGCGCGGCUGCGGGUGACGGCGCUGGAUCUGUGGCCGGCGGCCGACACCGUGCUGCGCGGUGACCUGCUCUCGGUGCCGGUGGGCGCGCACACGGCCACCGACGGCGGCCGCCUGCUGAGCCUGGCCGCCAACGCCUGGCACGCCGUCUGCUUCUGCCUGCUGCUGGAAUACCUGCCGACGCCGGCGCUGCGGUACGCGUGCUGCCGGCGGGCGGCGCGCCUGCUGCGGCCCGAGGGCGUGCUGGUGGUGGUCAGCCCCGACUCGGCUCACCGCACCGCCAACGGGCCCCUCUACCGCGCCUGGCGGCUGGCGCUCGGCACGCUCGGGCUCGUCCGCGUCAGGUACGAGAAAACUCUGCACCUGCACUGCAUGGUGUUCCGCAAAUCGGUGCACCCGGACCUGGUGGCUGUCGAGGCUCUGGCGCACAUCCGCCAGGACGCGGCGCGCGGCCGGCUGACCUGGAUCCGCCCUCCCUCCGAUCCCCCGGCACCUGCCCAGUUCAGUCCCUCCGACCACAACGCGUCCGAGUUCUGUGAGCCCCCUCCCAAGCGCUCGUCUACCUCUCCCGAAUCUCCUCCGAGGGCCCUUCACGGGAGCCCGUCCGCCUCCCCUGAGCCCGCUCUCAAGGGUCCGUCGGUCCCUCUUGAGCCCCCUCACAGGAGCCCGUCCGUCUCCCCUGAGCCCACUCACAAGGACUCGUCGGUCUCCCUUGAGCCCCCUCACAGGAGCCCGUCCGCCUCCCCUGAGCCCACUCACAAGGACUCGUCGGUCUCCCUUGAGCCCCCUCACAGGAGCCCAUCCGCCUCCCCGGAGCCCGCUCACGACUGUCCUCCCGCCGCUGCCGGUCCCGGGACUGUCGGCGGCGCCCCAGCCGUCACGGGCGUGAAGAGGAAGAUAGGUGGCGUUGCGGGCGGGUCCGCGCUGGGUGAUCACGAGGACGCGGAGU